AUGGGGGCACCUCAACUCUUGAUGGAAGAACCUCGGAUUACCUCUGGAGGUCUCAGCCAGAGGAAUAAAACGGGCAAUGAUUACAGGAAAGACGAACACCAGCUGGAACAUGGUGAAGAGCAGCCAAACGCCGCAGAGCGCAUUCAGCAGCGGGCAUGGCAGAAGCCGGAACCAGCUGGGUCAGGAGGUGACACGGGUCUGUUGCUUUCUCUCCAGGACGAGUCGUGUUUCUACAACGGCAAGGCGCACUGGGAGCCGUCCUGGCCGACCGCAGGCGUGGCUGGCUGCUUCGUACCCUUCGCGGUGUGCGUGGUCUCCAAGCUCCCCUAUUACAACGCCCUCAAGGACUGCCUGUCCUGUUUGUUGACUCACCUGAAGCUCUGUAAAGAUUUUGAAGUUGACAAUCACAUAAAAGAUUUUGCUGCAAAACUGUCUUUAAUACCUAGCCCGCCGCCUGGACCGCUUCACUUGAUAUUUAACAUGAAGCCGCUACAGAUCGUGUUUCCCUCCCGUGCGGACCCUGAGAGCCCGCUCAUCGACUUGGACCUUCACCUGCCCUUGCUGUGCUUCAGGCCCGAGAAGGUGCUGCAGAUCCUAACGUGCCUCCUGACGGAGCAGCGGGUCGUGUUCUUCUCCUCCAACUGGGCCCUGCUGCCCCUGGUUGCCGAGUGCUUCCUGGCCUACCUGCACCCCUUGCAGUGGCAGCACACCUUUGUGCCCGUCCUGUCGCACCAGAUGCUGGACUUCGUCAUGGCGCCAACGUCCUUCCUCAUGGGCUGUCACCUCGACCACUUGGAAGAAGUCAGCAAGGAAGCUGAUGGUCUAAUUCUGAUCAAUAUCGAUAACGGGAGCGUCACCUGCUCUAAUGACGAGGACGUCGAUGUCCCGGACGUCCCCCUGCUCGCGGCACAGACCUUCAUUCAGAGGGUCCAGAGCCUCCAGCUGCACUACGAGCUGGACCUCGCACACCUGGGCGCCAGCACGGACCUGAACGAGGGGCGCGCCCGCAGGCGGGCCUGGCAGCAGAAACUCAACUGCCAGGUGCAGCAGGUGGCCCUGCACCUGCUCUUCAGCAUCUUCAGGGAGGUGAAGAACCACCUAAAUUACGAACACAGAGUGUUUAAUAGUGAGGAGUUUCUCAAAACCAGGGCUCCGGGGGACCAGCAGUUUUAUAGACAGGUGUCGGAUACCUACAUGUUUCACUCUUUCCUUAAAGCCCGGCUUAGUGGAAGGAUGGACGCCUUCGCCCAGAUGGACCUCCACCUGCAAUCCGAAGAGGACAGAUUUAACGGGAUGCUGGCAAGUCCAAGAAGACCGACCAUUGAGAAGAUGGCCUCACGGAAAUCCUCACCCCUGCAUGUCACGCACCGGAGGAUGGUGGUCAGCAUGCCCAACCUGCAGGACAUCACCAUUCCCGAGCUGCCGGCCCGGAACUCGUCGCUUCGCAAAGUGGACGCCUCGGAAUGCAGCAGCAGCGGCGUAGUUCUGAGUGUGACCCCGAAGCCGACGUACACGUUCAAGAUCCCGGAGAUCCACUUCCCCCUGGUGGGCCAGUGCGUGCAGGCCUACUACUCCGACUGCGUCGCCCUGCUGAGCAAGGCCAUGAGCCUUCUGGCGCCCGACAGCUCCGUGCUCCUGGCGCGGUACUUCUACCUCCGCGGGGCCGUGCACUUGAUGCACGGGCAGCUGCUGGACGCCCUCCUGGACUUCCAGAGUCUGUACAAAACAGACAUCAGGAUCUUCCCCGCUGAUCUCGUUCGGAGGACGGUGGGGUCCCUGUCGGGCCCCCAGCGCGCCCAGGCCGAGCGGGUGCCCGAGCUGCGGCGGCUCAUCAGCGAGGUGGUGGACAAGCCCGGAGAGGCCCCCAAGCCGGACGACCGCGUGAAGAACUUUGAGCUGCCCAAGAAGCACAUGCAGCUGGACGAUUUCGUGAAGAGGGUUCAGGAGUCGGGCAUCGUGAAGGACACCAGCAUCAUACACCGACUGUUUGAGGCGCUAACCGUAGGACACCAGAAACAGAUUGACCCAGAAACAUUCAAAGAUUUCUACAACUGCUGGAAGGAGGCAGAAGCAGAGGCCCAGGAGGUCAGUCUGCCUUUGUCGGUGAUGGAGCAUCUGGAUAAGAACGAGUGUGUUUAUAAGCUGUCGAGCUCCGUCAAAACGAAUCGCGGCGUGGGCAAGAUCGCCAUGACCCAGAAGCGCCUGUUCCUCCUGACGGAAGGGAGACCAGGCUACGUGGAGAUUUCCACCUUCAGGAACAUAGAGGAAGUGAGAAGUACCACUGUAGCGUUUCUGCUUCUGAGAAUACCCACUUUAAAAAUUAAAAUGGCAUCCAAGAAAGAAGUGUUUGAAGCUAAUCUGAAGACGGAGUGUGACCUGUGGCACCUGAUGGUGAAGGAGAUGUGGGCCGGGAAGAAGCUGGCUGACGACCACAAGGACCCUCAGUACGUCCAGCAGGCGCUGACGCACGUCUUGCUGAUGGACGCCGUGGUCGGCACGCUGCAGUCGUCUGGUGCCGUCUACGCCGCUUCCAAGCUGUCUUACUUCGAUAAGAUGAAGAGCGAAAUGCCCUCGACGGUUCCAAAGACAACCUCGGAAACCCUGAAGCACAAGAUAAAUCCUUCAGCGGGAGAGACUUUCCCACACGCCGUGGACGUGUUGUUGUACACGCCAGGUGAGGCAAGCGGCUUGCUUAUUGCUGCUCUUUUCAACACUCUGGGGACACGGGGUUUGUGUUUGAGGUCACCAUCGGUUAAGCGUCUGCCUUCGGGCAGAUGUGCCCGGGGCUCACCGAACGGCCCGCGUGUCCCCCGGAGCAGAGGCGUGGUGUGGGCCGUGAGCUGUAGGGUAGGACUGCGGUGGCUGACGAGCCGUGACUGUUGGCGGUUUCCCCCCGGCCUGCGUCAGAACUGCAUGGUGAUGGCGGAGCAGAACCAGGUGUGGGUCGGCUCCGAGGACUCGGUCAUCUACAUCAUCAACAUCCACAGCAUGUCCUGCAACAAGCAGCUCACCGACCACCGCUCCAGUGUCACGGACCUGGUUGUGCAGAAGGGGAAGCCCAGCAAGGUGUAUUCGUGCAGCAGGGACGGGACCAUCCUGGCGUGGAACGUGAGCACCCUGCGAGUGACCAGCAGGUUCCAGCUGCCGGGCGGCAGGCUCUCGUCCAUCAGCCUGCAUGACGGCUGCCUGUGGUGCUGCACCGGGAACAGGAUUGUGGUUGUCACGUCAAGCGGACUGCUUUGUCAAGAACUGAAGAUCAGCGAGAACGUUGGGGACAUCGGCAUGUCCUUCCUCAGUCUCCAACUCCUCCCCGAGCAGGAGCAGCUCUGGGCGGCGUGUGCCGGAUUCAACAGCAUCUACGUCUGGAGCCUGAAGGACCUGACCCGGCGCCCUCAGGCGGUUCACCUUCAGGACUGCUCCGAGGUCAGCUGCAUGAUCACGGUGAAGAAGCAGAUCUGGGUAGGCGGCACAGGUCUGUCACAGGGGAAGUCCAAAGGGAAGAUCUACGUCAUCGACGCCGAGAGGAGGACGGUGGAAAAGGAGCUGGUGGCCCACAUGGACACGGUGAAGACCCUGUGCUCGGCAGAGGACAGAUACGUGCUGAGCGGGUCAGGCAGCGGGGAGGGGAAGAUCGCCAUCUGGAAAGUUGAGUAAACGUGGGUGAACAUGCUGAAAAGGUCUGUGUUCUGCCCCCCUACCGGUGCCCCCGGGAGAAGGUGGGGUGGGGAGCCAGUCCGGGCCCCCAGCGGGGGCAGGCAGUGUGUCGGACUUUCCUGAUUGAACCGUACCAACAGCCUUUCAGGUUGGGGUGCUUCUCAGGCAGGCAGCUGGAUCAACUUGCUAAUUGGCUCUGCUGUGAAGUUACCCUGUGUGUUGUCUAGAAAGUUCCAGAACCCACGACUAGGGGCCAGCAUCAGAGCCAGAGGGAAGCGAUGUAGCCAAAUCACGUAUGACCGGCAGACCUCAAGUCUCUGGUUUGCAUUUCCUCUACUUCACUCAUUCAAAUAUACAGUAAGCACCAGUUUGCAGGAGACCUACAGCCUUAGGCUGACCUCGUUUCCAGCAGUUUAUGAGAGGAGGUGUUCUUUAAAUGACAGCUUUGUGGUUGAAGAGAUUUGUGCCUGCCCCUUGCUGCGCCCGCUCAGAGCAGGUGACCGAGGAGGGGACAGGGAGGGGACAGCACUGUACUCAGGGUGUCUGGACAGGGGCUGGGCCAGCUGAGGCAAGCUCUGUGUUUCUUUCCUUUAACUAAUGCCAAGUUUUUAUAAUGAAGAAACCUAGAGAGACUUUGCUGCCAAAGAUCACAGAGGAAGAGUUCCACCUAAAAUAGCCCUAUAUAAUCGAGUUUUCUAGUGAAGUUGCUGCCACUCACAGUCCCGUACCUUUCAACCGUCUGCUUCUUGUGUGAGUAUCAUCUCUGUCUCUGUAGAUGGUGCUGUAUUAUUUAACGGAAGAUGAUCUUAUUAGCUAUAAAUAAGUAUUUGCAAAAACAACCUCUUACCUGUUUUUACUGUAAUAUUGAGAUGUCCCUCCCUCGGUGUCCAGCAAGGAAGGUUUUGACGUGGUUACUGGAUGUGGAGGGAGCGUCCCCCUGAUGGCACCGUCUGAGGGCCUGUGGCCUCUCCCCCGAUGGACCCACCAUGAGCUCAGCCGCAGAUGGGGCUGCUAGACCCUUUGCCCUGGGCUUGUGGAACUCAGACGCCGCGCCGGACCUCACUCACCCUGAGAGGUCACAGACGGUGUUCAUCAGGCCCCCAGGACAGGGCCGAGCUCAGUAGCGUCCAGAACCUCCAGAUGAAAGCUUUGACCAGGCCUUGCGUUUGUCUGCAGGACCUAAGCGUUUUGCAGGGUCCAGAUGAUGGACCCGAUUUUGGGGUGUUCUGGGAAUGUGGUGCAGAGAACAGCUAGGUGGCCUUAGGCCCCCGCGACUGUGCUUAAGAAGAGGGUGUGCUCCUGACUUCUAGAAGGAAACAAAGGUUGAAUUCUCCUUUUGUAAACACAUGAAAAAUUAGUCAAAUCCUGUCAGAAAUACUCAUAAAUUAUUUCAUGUCAAUCCACACAUAACCAGGUAUUUUCACCUUGUCAAUAAUAAAUUCCUUUGUUUAUUAAA